AUGUGUCACGGACCGUACGCACCACCUCUUCUUGUUUGGCCGCUUUAUGUCGUGGGUUCCGCAUUAAACUUUGCGUCAUCUGUUGAUGGCUUCAUUCGUUCGAACAAUCAAAAACUCGUUGAAUUUUUCAAAGCAAAAUCCAAAGAGUAUCACCAUCAAACUCCCAAUGCUCUGGAUUCAAAAACUUCCAUUAGCAUCGAGGAGAUUAGAACCACCAAUUUACUCCCGUUGCUGGAGCAAGAAGAUCGUGAGGAAUUAGCCAAAUUAUUGAUUCAAAGAGCGAUCGCUAGGAUAGAGCUCUCUAAAUUUGAAGAGGCCAAACAAGACAUGUUGCAAUGCCUUUCUCUGAUGAGCUGCAAUACUCCCUCGUCAUCAAGCACUGAAAAACAAACAACGACCUCAAAUCAGCACAAGUUCACCAAGAAUUCAUACUUGUCCGAGUACUUGUUAGGAAUGUGUGAGGAUGGUUUAGGAAAUUUCCAACGUGCUGCUGAGAUAUUUCAGAACGCCAUCCAACACCGAGAAGAGUUGGAGGCUCAUUUCCAAAACUCACAACGUUGUCAUGAGGAUACGAUGAAUGAAGAGGCUCUCAUUCAACUCGAGAAGGAAUUUUUUCAAAUGCAACUCGAGGCUAAGAAACCCACCGAGAGAACUCUCAUGUCAUUCUCGAAAGGGAUGAAUGAUUGGAAUCAGGCUGUUUCAAAUCUCUCUGGCUCGGUGAAGAACUUUUUCAAUCAUGACAUGGGUCUCAAUGUUUCCAAACCUGUAUUGAAACCAAAGCCUCGUACUCUUAUUACAUUGGAAUUGUUGUACAUUCGGGCAGGUGUGUCCUUUUAUCGAGGAGCCUUCUAUUCGGAUGCCUUGAAAUAUUUCACGAGAGCCAUUGCGUUGGGUGAAGAAUACGAGUCAUCCUUGCUGGAAUCGAGUUAUUUCAAUAGAGGUCUUUGUUAUUACUAUUUACAUGAAUUGGAUCAAGCUCUGAAUGAUUUUACGACAAGUAUUUCUCUAAUGCCCACUCUCACUUUUCAACGAGAACAACGUGAUCAAGUCUAUAUCACGAGAGCAGCAACCUAUGGAAGAAAGGGAAUGACUAAGGAAAGAGAUGCUGAUAUAUUCAAAGCAAAAUUAAUUAAUCCAUUUGCAAAACCAGUUUCGCUCUUUCAUUAUAGACUUUUGGAUGAUGAUACUCUUUUACAUAUUUUUUCAUAUUUGGAAACUAGAGAAUUAAUUGCAUCUUCAUCGACUGAAAAAUACUGGAGAUGUUUGAUUCAAAAAUUCAUUUCAGAGAAUGAUAUUGAAAUUAGUGUCAAAUCACUCACAUUCAAUGCGUUACAAAAAUCAAUGGAUUCCAGAAAUACCAUUUCCAAACUCUUUCUACCUCACAAUCGAAUGGAAAUGCAUGCAUUUGUCAAUAAGGCAUUAGAAAAUUCAAUUCUUACCAAGUAUGCCAAACGUUUAAUUGUGUACGAUUCAAGAUAUUAUGAACAACAUUAUUCCUCUGGAGUUUCUUUAUUAGAAGCCACUCUGGAACGACUUGAAAAUUUAGAGAGAUUGACUUUUAUCAUGCCAGAAAGCGAUAACAGGUACAAAAUACCUCAUCUGUUAGCGUCCAACUGUCCAAAUUUGAAAUAUUUGCAUUAUAUAAGUGGAAAAGAUUCAUACAUGUCAGAAGAAGGUUUCUUUGUUCAUUGUAUUUCAAAACUUUUAUACUUGGAACAUGUAAUCAUUGAAGGACCUGUCCAGUUUCACCCUAGAAGCAAUCCUUUCAGCAACAAUACUCAUCUCAAGCUGGUCGAAUAUGAGUGUUCAUUUUGUGGAGAGGACUGGAGCAAAUUGGCUGAACGAAAUCCAAACGUUCAGUUUGUUUUCAGACCAAUGAUGAGCAAGAAAGGUUACCUUCGACUUGUAGAGAAUGAUAGCUAUUGA